AUGGAUCCACGCAAAGGCAAAUCCGCCGCCGGCGACGGCAAGAACCUCAAGCACGCUCGCGCUGCGCCCGCCGAUCGUCGAGUGCUCAACCCGGUAUCUCGCACUCCUGCAACAUCUGGCUCCACCCAUGACGCCACGCGCGCCGACGUUUCUUUCCGCCAGCCCGGUGAACCAGCUAGCCACCAGAGGGCUACAUCUAGCAGCGGGAUCACGCUCAAUACAGCCACGGGCUUUCCCUUCCAGAACCCUGGUCAGCUUUCGAGCCACCAGAGAGCGGCAUCUAGCAGCGCGGUCAUGAUUUCGCGUGGCACCCAGACAGACCCUGUAGAGAUUCGCUCCAUCAUUGCCAGUCCGACGGGCCAGGAUACCGCCAGUUUCCCGAACUAUUCUGCUUCGCCCACUGGUAGGGGCGUUUUCCCUGACUUUCCAACCGCCUCGCCUCUUGCCUCGGGUACGGAGGUGAUUGACCUGGGUGAGGGCAAUGACGACGAUGACGAAAAUAGCGACGCAGGGACGAUUGACCCCGGUGAGGGUGACCAUGGCCACACAGUUGUAGUUGACCUGGGUGAUGAAGCAGAAGAGACAAGCGACGAUGCGGAAAACACCGGUAUAGUUGACCUCGGUGAUGAUGACGAGGAAAAAACACAGUCCGCCGCUCCGGCCCCUAGUUCCGAUCAGCCUACCGCGCCCCAAGGGCUGGCUCCGGCCACCACGCAAGCCCAAAGCUCAACGCCAGCUACCACUCAGGGACAGGGCGCAUGGAAGGUCCUCGAUAUUCUCGAUGCGGGUAGUCCCGUCAUAAGGGAUAUCCCGCCCGCCCUGUUUGCGUACCACAAAAAUAAGCUUAAGGACGUAAAGGGGCCCAAAGCCCCUUGGAGGGCUGCAUGGAUGAGAGAACCGAAGCCGCGAUGCUUUUACAGACACCUCACGCCGUCCGGUGCAACCGGCUCACGUGGAGAAAUGAGAGUCCUCCAGGCAGAGCGUGCUUGCUACAACUGUGAGAAGUAUGGGGAACCGUGCAUUGUGCACAAGGCCGGCCAGCGCGUCGCUUUGCCUCUCCGGGACGAGAUCCGGGACGUUACCGCGGGCUGGAAGAAUCUUCGGUACUAUGUUCGUACCGGAUAGUUAGGUAGCUAGGAAGGCGAUGGGCCGAGGAUUGAGGCUUCUUGUAUUUUUAUUUUUGUAUGUUGCGGGUAAGAGGUUCGCGGUUCAAUGAGAUUCUUUCUUCAUACAUCC